ACCUGUACCUUCAAUGUAAUGUUCUAGUCAUCUACACAUCAUGUCACAAGAGCAUCAAGAAGAACAAUUAGACUCUCUUACCCAGGAGUUAUCAAAAGAUAGUACCCACCAGUGUCUGGCUAGUCUCCUUGAUCCAAGAGGCAGUUUUGCAUUCCUAUUGCAAAACUGUCUUCUUAAUUAUAAAGAUGGUUGGCAAAGUGUCUAUUUGGAUAGCUUCUUGAAAUGUAGUUUAUGCGACGCAAUCAGAAGAAUCCACAAUGAAUUGGAAGCUAAGAGAGAAGAGAUUCAUUCAAUAUCAACCCAUACAACAGAGAUAGAGGUGAAUCUACUAGCCAGGUUAGAGCAAGUAAUAGAACUCGCCGUCUGUUGUCUGAGUAAGCAAGAUAUAAACCCAUUUGUGUUAUCAGCGCUCAACCUGAUCUUGGAUCCAAAAACAAGGUGUGUUGACUUUAUCAUUUAUUAUUUUUCAAAGGUUCGCUCAAGCCAAGUGAUUAAUAUUUAUCUUAUCUAUAUUAUUAGCACCUAAAUCCAAGGUAUUUUCCAUAUCUCCUUCGAAGUGACGCUACUCACAUUCUCACCGAUUGACCAGGGUGACCUAUAAAAUACCACGGGUAUGUUCUGCUACAUUAAAAUGUGUUAGAUCUUGAUAUAGUUUUUUGAGUGGAAAUUAGAAUGCUGUCGUAAGUCUCCGAUCCAUAGCAGGUUAAAUCUAGUUGAUUCAAUUUUGAAGUUCUUUUUUAUGACGUUAAUAUUAUUAAUAUGAAGGUGAAGAAUUAUAAUUGUUAAGCAUCAUUUUUUAGUUUUCUACAAUACAGAUCCUCCUAAUUCUCUGUCCUUUCAAAUCCCAGAUUCCUUUCUUACUUCCUAUGUCAUUCAAUUCCUGGAUCUGUUGGUUUUAUGAGCUGCUUGUAAAUUAAGUUGGUAAAUUCUACAGAGGUUAAUGCCUUCCAUUUAAAAUUCAUUGUAUACCUUGUCAUCUUGUUUCAUAGAUCGUCAUCAUUAAAUAUUCUUGAACAAAUAAAUGCGCGUACCAAUAAACUGACUUCAACUGCUGUCGUCAAGCUCUGAUUUGCUACAGUUAAUUAAUUCAAUCGGAGCAGUUUAAAGAUUUUGUGCUUUGCUUAUUUGUGCAAAUUUAUUUUUACUUUAGUAUUUUGCAGCCUGUCAUGUAGACCUAUUAUCUCAAUCAUCAGAUCGUAAGAAAGGUCGUUUUUUUAUGUUUGUUAAUCUGUUGUUUUGCAAUACCUGAGUACUGAAUGUACCAUACUACACUUUUUUUUUUAUAAAAACACUGAGGCUGAAAUUGCUUAAAAAUGAAGAACAAAAUAAGAACAAAUUGAGGCUGAGGUAAAAUGUCAAAUGAGGUUUUUAUUUAGAAAAACCAAAAAAUUAUAUCUGUACCUUAUGUGCAGUAGGUGUGACUAUGUAAUAUCCUCUAUAAUUCAGUACAGUAGAUGUACCUACCUGUCAUUUAGAGCCAUUUUUACCAGGGCCUUUUUUCUGGGGCCAGUUUUCUGGGGCUUUUUUCAGGGGCCAUUUUGUCCGGGGCACUUUUACCUCAUUCAUUCAUUCAUUCU